AUGGCUUCUUCUAGUACGCUGCCAGAGAAGAUGUUCGAGAUCAGUUUGUCUGAGGAAGAUGAAGGCGGUCUGGCUAUUCAGGAGGGAGAUGUUGCGGCGGUGGACGACAACGAUUUCAAUUGGAGGUUGUGCCUUGUUGGUCGAUUCAUCGCUCCAGGGGCUUUGGAUUUCCCUUCAAUGCAGCAAACGUUAGCUGCCUUAUGGAAACCAGGCAAGGGGGUGUACAUGAAGGAGCUUGAUACUAACAAAUUCCUAUUCCAGUUCUUUCACGAAAUAGAUAUCGAACGUGUUAUAGAUGGCAGUCCAUGGUUCUUUAAUCGGAGAGUCCUAGUGAUCUCACGGAUGGAGAGUAAUUGUAAUCCACGCCUAAUCUCCUUGAACACAUUGGAUCUCUGGGUCCAGGUGCACGACCUACCUAUAGGCUUUAUGACUUCCAGAAUUCUUGAAGCAGUCGGUGGUUUUAUUGGUAAAUUCAAGGAAUCGUGUCCUAAAAAUUUCAUGGGUGUUUGGAGGGAUUAUAUGCGAAUUAGAAUUACCAUUGACCUGCACCUGCCCCUCAAGAGAAGGAUGCGCAUCCAUAAAGGUGACAAUGAGUGGAUAUGGGUUACGUUCAAAUAUGAGAACGUUCCUACGUUCUGUUUUAUCUGUGGACGAAUUGAUCAUUCAGAAAAAUUUUGCCCAAAAAGAUUUGAACUACCUGAGGAAGAAAUCUUCCAGCCAUACGGUGAGUGGAUGAGAGCUCCAUUCCGUCGUCAGACCAAGCUUAUCAGUGCCCAAUGGAUUCGUAGCAGCUGGAAGGAGGAGGAGAUACGCAGUCCUGGGGAAAGGCCGGCCAUAAUCCCCACUUCAGUUCUCAUUGGCGAUGGGCAGGGCAGUGUGAACAUACCAGGAUCGUCUCCCUUGAUUUUCGGCAAUCAGAUCAAUUCCCCAAAUCGUGGGGUGCAGUUAAUGGCUAGUAACGGGAAAGAUGCUAAUGAUGGUCAACCACCCAUUAAUCCCACUUAUAUCAUGCAAGAUAUUGCAAAUCACUCUGGGGUAAUCAAUAGUGGGUCUAUUCUCAUUGAAACCAAGAAGAGAAGGGCUAGUCCUGAUUUGGGACCUAGUGAUCUGGUGGGCCUCGAGACUGAAGUGAGUCCAGAAUCUGAUGGUGAUGAGCCCAUCCCUGAUUACAGACUUACAGGUCUGUACGGUGAGCCUAAUAGGUCUAGAAGACAUAAUACAUGGAAACUCUUGGAAACCUUGGCCGACUCUUCUUCCACUCCUUGGUGCGUGAUUGGCGACAUGAACAACGUUCUUAGCAAUCAAGACAAACGUGGGGGUAAGCCUUAUCCCUCUUGGUUGAUAUCUGGAUUUCAGAAUGCACUUCGUUAUGGAGAUUUGGUUGAUCUAGAUAUGCUCGGUUAUUCCUUUACUUGGGAGAGAGGAAGGGGCUCAACCAAUUUCAUUGAAGUACGGCUGGAUCGUGCUCUUGUGUCUACUAACUGGCUGAAUCUUUUUCCUCAAGCUUCUCUUGUUAAUGUCGAAGUAACUACCUCGGACCAUUGUCCGAUUUUACUCUCUCCUCUGGCUGUUCGCAAUGUACCUCAUACCCGCCCCUUUAGAUUCGAAAAUGCCUAG